AUGAUGGAAACUAAUACGAUUGCAGAGGCAGUGACAGAUGAUAUAAUUAUAGUAUCAAUCGAAAAGACUAAUGAUAUUGAAAAUAAUGAACUUGAAGAGCAUGGCGAACACCUUGAGAAUGGAAAUUUAGAAAAUGCAAACAUAGUAUCAAACGAAAAUACCGAUUUAGGGGAUAAAGUACCUGAAGAAAAUUACGCACACUUUGAAAAUAGGAACUUAGAUGAUAUACCUCAAGUAUCACACGAAAAGACUGACAAUGAUAAAACUGAAGAGCAUGAUACAAACGUUGACACUGGAGACCUAAAUAAUACAUCAGGAGUAUUGAAAGAAAAGACUAACGCAGAAAAUGAUGAAGCUAAGGGACAUGAUAUUAGCUUUAAUAAUGAAAAUCUUGAUAGAUACCUAGAUAAAGAGAUAAUAAUCAACAAUAUGUCGAAUUCUGAAGAUGAACAUGUGGAUAAAGAAGAAACAACUAAUGAGAAUAAAAAGGCUAAUAAUAUGAAAGAUAAAAACGGAAAUGAAUUGAUGAAUGAAAUUGACUUGAACCCUGUUGAAACAGCUCAAAAAGAAGUAAAUUCAACAUCCGAUGAUAUCCUUAAACCAACUAUAGUGCAGGAAAUAUCACCAUCCGAAACUGCAAUAUCAUCGGCUAAAUGGAGAGAGUACUAUAAAAAGGCGGAAGAAAUUAAAAAUAAAAAAACAGAAGAAGUCGAGAAGAGAAAAGAACUAAGAAAAAAAGCCAAAGAAAAUAAAGAGAAUAAGAAAAAACUCAAAACAAAGACAACUGCUAGAAAAAAGCCCUCUAAACUAAUGCAAAAGCCUUUGUUACCUCAAAAAAAAGCAAAAAUUAAAUGUGCAGAAUGUGGGGAAGAAUUGGAAAGUGAGACUGAAGAAGAGGAUGAAAUGAAUAUUGGUUGCGAUAAUUGUGAAAAUUGGUUUCACAUGAAAUGCACCGAAUUUUAUGGGAUACCAUAUGCAGAGGCCUCGGAAAAAACAUAUAACUGUGUUAAAAGAAAUAGGAUGGUAAUGAUAAAUACAGAGAGAGAUGGAAAGUUUCAUUACGUUUGA